GGAGGGGAGGGGAGCGGAAUGUUGAAUGCCAAGAUGAGAGCCGGGCUGUGCUUGGCUUUGCUCUAAUCCGAUAAUACUUGCUGGGCCUUCACUGGUGUCCACAACGUGCAGGUUAGCUUCUCUGUGGGUCUGAAGGCUGGAAUCGUUAAACGCUGUGCAUUUGACGGUGCUGGACAGGUCUCCAAAGUUGGUUGUUGAAGUUCCAAUUCACUUGGACCGAAAGGUGGUUACAGAGGGACUCUUAGAUUUCCAUGCGGGCAAGGGAGGAUCAGGGAAGAAAUAACCGCAAGGACCAGAUGAGUACCGAGAGAAAAGAAAUUUCAUAACGACGGACGCUUGCGGAAUAGAAGAAUGGGUGGCAGCACUGGUGUUCGACGAGAUGUGCUGCGGUGGCUGGUGGCUCUCAAUCUUUCAUUUCCCAUCAAAAAUAUCAAGAGGUAUGUGUCCAACAAUUACCAUUUUCAUCAAAAAUGUGCCUUAACUUGGCCUUGAAUAUUAGUCGCAUUUGUUGGGGACGAUUCAUUUUCAAGCAGCAGUUUAAACCGCAGUAUUGAAGACGAGGAUAUUUUGAAGAUUUAACUAUAAGUGGUGAGUUUUGAAGACGACAGUAUCUCUCCUGCAUUUUUGACUGUUUACGAAGCUACUCAUUGUAGAGCUCCACAGUAUAGACAUGGUCUUCCAUUGAAGGCUGUAGGGUUUUCCCAAAAGUUGUUCCUUUGUUCAUUGUUUCCCAAUUUUCAUAUCUGGCUCAUUAUAUGAGGGUCUAUCAUCUUACUUUUUCGAUAGCAGAGAGUUGAGGUAAACUAAUUAAUGAUAUGAUUACCUUCAGCAUAUGAAUGGAUCUAUCAUCUUCGUCAACAGGGACCCGAUCCCUACUGAUGUACACAGUCUCAUGUAUUGUAUGGUCUCAAUUGGCAGAGAUUUCUCAAAUGGUUUUUUGGUGGCGGAAAUCUUUUCGCGCUAUUUCCCCCGAGAAAUUAAGAUGCAUUCGUACGAUUAUGGAACUAAGAAUGAGAAAAAAACGGACAAUUGGGCUCAACUUCAAAAAUUCUUCAAGAAGAUUUCAUUCAUGAUUUUAAAAGAUGAAGUUGAGACGAUCGUCAAAUGCCAAACUCCAGAUGGAGCAGGCCCUCUCCUGGAGCGCAUGUACAAAUUCCUCACGCUGAAACGAUCAAAACCAGAGGAAGGAAAGAUCGAGAAGCAGGAGAGGCAACACCAACAGAACUCGACAGUUAACUCUGAAUCAGCAAAGAUGUCAUCGGCACCCGUUUCAGCGAGGAUGGACAUUUGCAAGUUGUCACGAGACACACAUAUCGAAAGCAACCGCAUUAAUAUGCCGAACGAGACCUGCAGCACCAUCUCUGCGCCAAGCAACGUUGAUGAGAGAGCUUCGGUGCUGGUGUGUUCUUGCAUUAAGCAGGGGAAAUCUCCUGGAUCUCCAUGCUUGAGUUUCAAUUGUCAACACUUUAUCUAUGAGAACAACUCAUUCCACCCAAUUCAGCGAGAAGCCGCAGACCAUAGUCCUAAACAAGAAAAUAGAUCUGGGGUGCUAUUGCCUCUCCAAUCCAACAUCAGUUUCAGCGAUUACGGUGAGUGUAUGAACCAGUUUAAGGGCAAGAAUGACUAUUUUCCAACGCCAUUGCUGAAGAGGAUAAAUUGCAAAGAUGAAAAUCAUGAGAAGGUUGGGGAAAAGGUAGUCUUAUCAGCAGUUGAAAGAGCAAGGCAACGAGAGAUUUGUGAGAAUCCCAACUUCCAGCAUAAGAUGGUGGAUGGUGAUCAUGUUGAGACAACUAAACCUAGCAGCAAGACAACUUCAAAUAUUGCCCUGGCCUUUCGAAGCCACCAUAGACAAAGGAAAUUCAAGCAGUACACAUUAAAUGACUACAGAAGGCAACAAUCAGCUGCGUGUGUACAGCUUGGGAAGCUUGGUCCAGAUUUGGAAGACGAGGAAUUGGGUGAAAAGAGAGAAAAGCUGGAGCGAAUGAAAGAGUUUGGCCGCAUCGUUCGCAGUUGUAACACAGCUCAGGUUAACGUGAUGAAGAGGACCAAGACACCACCACUAUCGAAGCGUCAGAAGGCGCUUGAAUUUGCAGCCACUGUGCCAAAGCCCAAAGUGAAGAAGGUGGAGGUCGAGAAGCUCCCUACUCCGGAGAAGAAUCAUCACCAACUCUCUGAAUUACAGAUCCUUGAAGCAAAGCACGAAGCUGACAGACAGCAUGUUGAGGCAAUGCGGCGUGAAUUGGAGAUUUUUCUUAGGUGAAAAAAAGAGCAGAGAUUUAGUUGCGGCAAGACCAGAUGGGAAUCUUGGCCAUGAUGCUGCAAGAGUCGAUCACCUUCAACUUCGAUCAUUAAUCUUGUUGAUAAAGCCAUAACAUAUGGUGGUGAGAAAUGAUCAAGGAUAUUUACUGAGUUUUGGUGUACUUACUGAUUGAAGAGCAAUAACCUCUGUCUGGAUAUUAUGCGAGGAACUUCAAUGAAAGGUGGUGUCGCACAUUGUAUCCAGCACUGCUGUGGAUUCUGGAUUGGGAAAGAGAACGAGUACAGACUUUCACCAUCCGAAGUGUACUCAAAAGUGAUCACUGUAGAAAGAAAGAAAGAAAGAAAGAAGCACUUACGCAACAGAGAUGAAGCUUCGACGAUGCGAGGGAAGCAGAGAUUGUGGGGGAGAAUUGGAUUGCCACGGAAGCUCUGAUAGACCCAGCCAGCGAACAACAACAUCAUCAUCAUCGUCAUCAUUCUAAGCCCAGCCCAGCCCAGAGAAAAGUGACGAGAAGGGCAAAGCAAAACUAAGAGCAAAAAGCAAAGACCAGGAAGGGAACAACAGAAAACAGCAGAGAAAGAGAGCAGAGAGCAGAGCCGGACAGAGCCUCCUCCUCCUCCUCCUCAUUUCUCCUUCUCAUUCUCAUUUCUUACAAUACUCUUGCACAAAUCCUUUGAUAUAAGAGGCCGCUGUAGACACUAGUAGGAUGCCAAGUUUUGCAGUCAAUAAAAGCAUGUUCUAAUUGGAAUAGCAUUAAUAAUAAAUAAUAGGAUAUUCUAUCAAAGAGAAAACAUUUGCAUGAUUUCCAUAAACCAACACAAGUUACAUUGACAAGAAUUUUUUUAAAGGAAUGUAAAACAAAUCAAUAUUCUUUCUUA